CUUAUGCGGGCAGGAUCUCUGGCUGUACGCGACAACGAACGCUCCUUAGCUUUCUUUGUAGGCUUCCAGCCUUUUCGUCUUUUAAUUUCAAUUUUACAGUCAGUUGCGGGCAUUUUUUUUGUAGCGUACAAGCGCUUGGUCGAGGAUAGUGAGUGGUUCAUAUGGGACCAUUUGAAUUUAUGUAGGCUACAGGCAGUGCACACAAGGAACGGAGCGUAACGCUUCAUGUCCUGCCUGAUACUGACAGCGGGUAAAAUUAUGUUGACGUUUCUAUUAACUUUGGAAAACUUAGACUUUUUCAUAAUACGUUUCAAAUGUAUGUUAACUCUGUGCUGAAAUAAUAUACUUUUAGACGGUUUUAAAAGCGAUGAUAAUUAACAUCGUACAACAGCCCCAAGCGGACGAAGCGUAAAAAAGCAUUUGUUUAUUUUUUUUUCCUUCACAUUUGUUUCCUAUUGCUUACAUUCAUAAUCGCGAGUCAGCGCUUUGCUCCAAGUCCGCGGAGGUCUCCGCUUGCUACGCUGCUAUCUGUAGAAUGACCUACAGUUGAGUCUGGACGUUUGGAGACUUUUUCUGAACUUUCUUUAAAGCCUAAACGUGGCUCGGAUUCUCAGAACAUGAAGCCAGCCACUUAUCUGCUCGCUGGAAUCCUAGCGCUUUGUUCUCCUCUCUGCACCUGGACAGCAGCUAACAGCGAUUAUCGAGAAGUGAGAGGGAGUGAAUUGGGAAAUGUGACUAACUUCAGUACAUUUCUGUUGGACCGGUCAUCUGGGAUGCUGUAUAUGGGGGCGCGAGAUGCAAUUGUUGCCGUGGAUACUGCCAACCUAUCAAAAUUUGACCAGAUUGUAUGGGAUGUUCCAGAUGAAAAGAAGAAAGCUUGUGUGGCUAAAGGCAAGACAGAGGCUGACUGCAAUAACUACAUCCGUCUACUGGAGUUCUUGGGAGACGGGCGCAUCUAUGCCUGUGGGACAUAUGCCUUCGACCCCCAGUGUGCCUUUGUGAACAUCUCUCCAUUCAGUCUGGAGGAAUAUGAGGAUGGCAGUGUGAAGAUGGAGACUGGGAAGGGGAAAUGCCCCUUCGAGCCAAGCCAGCACUAUACCGCCGUCAUGGCAGGGGGGAUCCUGUACACUGCUGCCACCAGUAACUUCCUGGGCACACUCUUCGACAUCUCCAGGGCAAUGGGCAUUGAGCAGGAGCGCAUCCGGACCGAGCGAUCCAUCAACUGGCUCAGCGAUCCAGAGUUUGUUGGUUCAGCCUUCAUCGAACAGGAUGAAAAGAACAACCCAGAAGGAGAGGAUGAUAAGAUCUACUUCUUCUUCACUGAGGUGGCAAAAGAAUAUGACCUGUACACCAAGGUCAAAGUGCCCAGAGUGGCUCGAGUGUGUAAGUCUGAUAUCGGGGGUAUGAAGACCCUUCAGAGACGCUGGACCACAUUUCUGAAGGCUCAGCUGGUGUGUGAAGACCGGGCAAGUGGUCAGCGCUUUAACAUUCUGACUGAUAUCUUCACGAAACAGCACCAGCCUGGAGACCCCAGCAGCACGUUCUUCUACGGCAUCUUCACCUCCCAGUGGGAGACCGACGAGAUGUCUGCAGUGUGUGUCUACAGUCUGGAGGACAUCACUAAGGUGAUGGAUGGUCCCUUUAAGGAACUUAAGAAAAGUUGUGAGAACUGGAUGAAUCCUGAACCUGUGCCCACUCCCCGACCAGGCCAGUGCCUGAAUGCUGCCCUGAAAGCUGAGGGCUUUGAGUCGUCUCUAAAGCUCCCUGAUAAAGUUCUGACUUUCAUGCGAGACCACCCUCUUAUGGAGAACAGUGUGGUGUCAUCACCCCUACUGAUCAGGACUGGAAUUACAUACACCAAACUCGCGGUCACUUUGACAACCGUGUCCAAGGGCAACAACAAGCAAAGUGCUACUGUGCUGCAUCUUGGAACAGAUCAUGGGGAGCUCCACAGAGUUGCAAUAGUGGGUCAGAAUGCAACUCUUCUGCAAGAGCUCACUCGCUUUCCGGCCUCAGAACCUGUUAACAACAUCCUGCUAUACAAGGGUGGAGUUCUGGUGGGCUCCCCUCACUCUCUGGUGCAGUUGCCCGCAGAUGGCUGUUCCCCCUACUCCACCUGUGAGGUGUGUGAGCGCGCCCGCGUACUCGGCUGCGUCUGGAGGCAAAAGGAGAAAGUCUGCGAUCUGGCCGUCACAGAGCCCGGAGAGGGGGUGCAGCCGGAAGCCCCGGUCAACCAGUGCGGAAGCAGAGAUGAUCACUGCUCGCCUGCGACAGUGGAGCUGCAUGUUGUGGAGAACCUGCGUGUAAUGCUGCCCUGCGUGCAGGUGUCCCCUCGACCCUGCCACUGGCUGCACCUGCCUCACCGCCACACCCGACGCCACCACACCGACCUGGAGGUGCACGUCACACCGAAGAGCCUGGGCACCUACAAGUGUCUGUGCGAGGAAGGCGGGCGGGAACACCCGCCGUGCCUCCGGGCCGCGUACCACCUCACGCUGGAGAAGCCCAGUACGGGCAGCAGCGCUGCGGUGGUGGGCAGCCGGAACUACAUGGUCUGGUACGUGGUGUCCUUCUUCCUGGGCGCCGCCCUGGCUCUCGGAGUGAUCCGCUGUGUGGCUCGCCAGCGCCGCAUGAAGAGAGGAGGAGGCGGUCAUCCUUUGUCUGCGUCAGAAAAGAGCCGGGACCUUUUCCCGUCCUCAGAUACGCCCCAGUCCCCUAGCAGUGGCAGCCUGUUCUCGGAGGCACUUCCGUUUGCAGAGAAAAGGAACGGGACGCUGAAUGGACAUGGAGGGCACAUAGCCAGGCAAAACUGCACCCAUAUCUAUGCUAAUUCUAGUGGACUCAAGCUACAGGAGUCAUCAAUAAAUCUGGCUGAAGAACUGGAUGGUCUAGAGAGGAUGAGGCUGAAGGGAGAGGAGGCAGGGCUAGGGGAGGGGCUUGGUGACAUGGGAGGGUUGGAGGAAGAUCUCGCCAAGAUGGCAGUCUUGAGAGGGGCACCGUUAGCAAAGUGUGAGGAGAGCUCAAUUUGAGGAGACGCUUGCACAAAGAACGUACUUGCCACAGCGUAGGACUGUGCACAUCAACAUACAUUGGGAAGGUUUGUGUCUUAGUGUGUACAAAGGCUGAGAAAGCAAACAGUUGUGGAAGGAAGCAUGUCUUGGGCUCAAAAACUGUACAUACAUCACAAAAGCAAACGCAUAAUACGUGCAGACACUGAGCACCUGGUGGUCCUCUGGGAGCAUUUAUAUACUUGUGAGCCAGUCUGUGUAUGAGUGGAGCAGUGUGUGUUUUCAUGAGUGUGUGAUAUUGGCUUUCUGUAUGUUCUUGACAAGAUUCAAGCAUUUGCAAUUUCCAGCACUCGUGCAUUCAAACACACACACACACACACAUACACUUUCCCUGUACUAAGUGUAGCAUAUGUGCAUGUUUAGUCUGCUGUUCAGUCCACAUCUGAGCCAACUCUAUAGCACCCACAAUCUGAAAUAGGACAAAAACAUAUUUGACUACUGAACACCAAAAGAUCCUCUAAUUCUGAACACAACUGUUGAUCUAGAGAAGAGCUGCUAGUGGACAAUGACUGCUCAGAUCACAGGACAUGUAGAAGAGACCCAGAGACCCCCACGGUUGGACAAGCACAUAUUGAAGGGCAACUGUCAGCAGACCCUGUUAAAGAAGGAGCCUUUGACUGCGGAUUUGAUGAAGCAAUCCAAGACUAUGAAGAAUAAAGUGGUGAAAGGUGAGGAAGAUCCCAGAGAUACCUGCUUCCUCUUCUCUGCUGAUUCUGAUUCAGUUGUAUGGACCUAUGGCAGUGGAAACUGAUCAUAGACUGCUGUCAGGCAGCGAAGUAGAAGAUCGUGGUCCUGUUUCCAUGAAAGUAAAGCUGACAAUGUAUCCUGAAUGACAGGAAGUUAGGCUGUAGUGAGGCAGCUGCGAAAAAAUUAAAAAUACUUUUCAAAUUGUAUUCUAAUUUAAUUUAAACAGCAAAUCUAACUUAAACAGCAGGGUGGCGCCACUGUGUAAGCUCAAAUCUGACACAGCAACCUCUGCUAUAUAUUUAGGUUAUAACCUCUUUCACUAACUGGCAGUUUCCACAUUAGUCAUAGCAAAUUAGCGGACUCAAAGUAGACCACGGUGGUAGCAAAAGCACAACAUAUGUUUAUGGUCAGUGUCUUCAUCUGGUGCAACUAAAAUCACCAAAGUAAAUGGGGGAGAAUAAGAGGCUGACCAGCAGUGAAGCUGUUCGUUAUAAUCCUGUCAAGUGGUUAAGGCUACACUCAGUUAGCGUCAUAUGUACAGUAGCCAUAAUGAUGUCUAUUUCAGAUUUUUUGUACAUGUCUAAAUGUCUGUCAAGAUUUUUUUCUUUUUUAUAUUUAACCUUUCCACCACUAGUCUCUGUAAUGGUCGGUAUAACUGUUUGUUUUAAACGCAUGUCACUGCCAUUUGUCUUUGGAGUGGUGGACAUCCCGCCAUUCCACUGUUUUGUUUCUUUCUAACUAUAUUAUGUAAAGGGAAAGUAAUGCUCAGAGCUAUGUAUACAGGAUAUUUAUCUGGGAGAUGUACGUAGUCCAUUGUCAGCACUUAGUAGCAUGAUUAUCACAGGUACAUAUUUAUCAUAACAAACCCUACAAUUCCCACAGUGCCCCUUUCUUUUUAAGAAUAAUGUUACCAAGAUGCUUACAAUUUCCUGAGUGUUACUUUUCCUUUUUUGUUUAUUUUCAAUAAAAUAAAUAUAUAGUUAAUUCAUGUACAGAUGUUAUAUUCUGAGGUUUUAUUUUUAUAAUUUAUAUAAUAAAGAUAAAUGUACAUUUUGUUUUAA